AUGUUUCCGCUCUCGCCGCGGUCUUCUGACCCUUCGUCACCUAGUGACUCUAUGUCUGGGCGCGAUAGCCCGCGCUCCCCGCAGACCCCAGGUCCUCCCGCCGACGAGGCUUCUGCUGUGCAGCGGCUCAGUGUACGACAGUACCACAACGAGCACCAGCGGCGUCAUGGUUCCCGCUCGGCGAGCCAACCUCCGAGUGAGGACGAGGCUUCACGCUCGCCCGAGCCACCUGGCUCGCCCACCAGUCAUGGCGAGCUAGAGCCUGGUGAGGUCGCCUCUGGCGAAGUGGCUGGGAACCCAGCGUCGAACUCUCGCGAGCUUCGGACGCCCAAUCCGUUUCCCAGCCGUUCGUGGUCGGGUUCGAACGCCCUGCGCAACGCGCCACCACUCUCCUCAAGAUAUGAGGAUGAGCUCCCUGAGCCGGGUGUCAUUACCAAUGACCUCGACGGCGCCCAGAGCCGACAGAUCGCUGCAGAGGCCCACACUCGGCCUAAUCGGCCUGUGGCCCGCCCCAUUGUGGGGACUUCGCGCCGUGACUACGGGUAUGUGCGGUCAAGCCCGGCUGAAGCAGCCCGACGCGCUGCCCUGCAGCCACUUGACACCUACACGUGUGGGCCUGCGGCCAGUACGACGGACGAAGUCGUUAAACGACAGACGCUCCGUGAGCGAUACUUGACUCCGCAAGUUACUACUCCUGCUGAGUAUCGCGAACGGUUACGCCAGCAGCUCAGGGGUGAGCCGGUACCUGCGAUGCAGACUGUACCCGUGGUCCUCGCAGCGGGUGAAACCACCAAUGCUUAUGAAGCGCAGUUUCAAAACUGGGUGGAGUUAGCUCGACGGCUUCACUCCUUUGAUGCUCUCCGAGCUAGUUUCUCGGAAACAGAUAUCCGCUUAGAGCGGCGCUUGCGCUUCGACUUCGCGAAACGUCAAGCCAAGCGACGUGCUUCAGGACAACGUCCCUCUCGUUACGAGGCAUCCCCGCCUCCUGCUCCUGCUGUAGACAGCCCUGCUCAUGAUUACGAGCCGGCUGCUACAGCCACUGGUCAAAGCCCGAGCCCGGCUAUUGACCUAUCGUCGCCCCAUUCUAGUAGUGGGAAGCGCGUGGCGCCUGGCGACUCU